AUGUAAUAAUUCUAAUAAAUAUAAGUACCUGAAUGUUUUGUUUGUGCUUGUGGUUUCUCCUGUUUAUACAUGAAGGAGAAGGAUAUGGAAUUUCAUAUUGAUUCAUGUCCUGUAUAUAGUGCAUAUAGUGAAUUUAUGAAAUAUAUUGAAAGAAAAGAUAUUCAAAAUGCUAAUGAAGAUUAACUUAGAACAAUGAAAGCAGAAGCAAAAGUAUAUAUAUCCAGAUUAGAUAUGAUGUUAAUGAUUUGUAAGUAUCAAUAUUAAUAAUAUAGAUUCUCAAUAAUAAUAACCCAUUUUAUAGAAGGCUCCUUCAUAAACAGUUUAAUGUGAAAAAUGUAAAAAGUAAUUUGAAGCCAAUUCAGAUUUUGAUAAGGUUUGGUAUUUAGAAAAUUGUUCACAUAUAAUAUGCAAAGAUUGUAUGUUAAAAAUUUGUAAAGAUGACUUUUUACCUAAAAAAAGUAAUGUUACUUGUGUAUGUGGAGAGAAAUUCAAAGAUUAAGAGAUUAAAUAAAUAUUGGGUAAUGAACUUUAUGAAUAAUUAACUGAGAAACUAAAUUUAUCACUUUAGAAUAUCAUUGAGUGUUGUAAUUGUAAAGAAAGAUUUUGUUUUUAGAAAGGGAAUAUUGAAGAGAAAAUUUAGGAUUAGAAUGGUAAAUUAGUGUAAGGAGAAUAAUUAAAACAUUAUAUUGAAAAUAGAUUUAAAUGUUCAAAAUGUCAUACAGAAUAAUGUAAAAAUUGUAUGAGUGUACCUUAUCAUACAAAUAUGACUUGUGAAGAAUAUAAAAUAAAUAAAGCAGCUGUUAAAUGCAGAUUAUGUGAAUAACCAACAGAAAUAUAAAAGAAUCAACCUGAAGCAUUAUAAACAAUAUGUUAAUAAUAAGAUUGUUAAAAUAGAUCAAAAAAAUUAUGUACUAUUAAAUUAAAAUGUGGACAUUUUUGUUAAGGAUUAAAUAAUACUCCUUGUUUACCAUGUCUUAAUGAGAAAUGUGCUAAAGAUUAAAAUGAAGAUGAUUAUUGUAAUAUAUGUUUUACAGAAGCAUUAAAAUCAUAACCUUGUGUUUAAACUACUUGUGGACAUGUAUAAAUUAUUAUUAUUAUUAUUAUUAGAUAUUUCAUGAAGAUUGUUUAAGAUAAAAAUUAGAUGCUAAAUGGAAUGGUCCUAGAAUAGUAUUCAAUUUUAUGAAAUGUCCUUUAUGCAAUAAAUUUUUAGAUAUUUAAGUACCUCAUUUUAAAAAUUCUAUUGAAUAAGGAUAAAUAUUAUUGAAAGAAGUUCAAGAAUUAUGUUUAUAAAGAUUAAAAUUAGAAGAGAAAGAAAAAGAUAAAGAAUUAUUGGAUCCUACUCAUUAAUUUUUUUAAAAACCUUUAGAUUAUGCUAUGCAUAUAUAUUGUUAUUAUUUAUGUUUUAAAUGCAAAAAACCAUAUUUUGGAGGAUUAAAGAAUUGUUAAUAAGCAGCAGAUUAAGAUCCUAAAGUAGAAUUCAAAUAAGAAGAUUUAGUUUGCACAAAAUGCUGCCCAUUAUUAACUCUUGAAGAUAAAUGUAAUAAACAUGGAGUUGAUUAUAUUGAUUUUAAAUGUAGACAUUGUUGUUCAAUUGCAUUAUGGUGGUGUCAGUAUGAUUUAAAAUUUAUUAUUAAGUGGUACAACCCAUUAUUGUGAUCCUUGUCAUAGAAAUAUUAAAACUAAUAUGACCAAACCAUGUCCAGGACCAGCUAAAUGUCCUUUAGGAAUUCCACAUAAACCUAAUGGUGAAGAAAUGUCAUUAGGUUGUUCUUUAUGUAGAGCAGAAAGGUUGAAAGCCAAAUGAAUAUC